GAAGAUUUUAUCUAUGCUUGCGCCACAUAACCCGCAAUAUUUAUUAUUUUUGAUUUGCUGAAAUUGAUUUUAGUAGAAUUUUACUUUUUAAAUGAAGGAAAAGGUGCAAUGGAUGCGAAAGUUAACGAUUUUUUCAAUGAAAUAAAUGAAAUUUCUGUAAAAAAGGACAGUAACUCUCAUGGCGAUAUUAUUUGGCGCGAAUGCCAAGACGAGCUCACCGGAUAUCCUUAUUAUUGGAACACUCAAACUGACGAAGUUAGCUGGCAGAAGCCAAAACAGUUUAAAUCUCCACAAAAUCAAAAAAAGUCAAAAGCUUAUGAAAACAAGAAACUGGAACUCUAUGUACCACCUAAGGCUCCAUCUUUCCCUAAUCCGAACAUUUUAACAAACAACGCGGUAAAAAUAUAUUCAAUUCAAGAAAAUUCACAAAAGGGAUGUGUAUCUGAACAAAAAUUAAAGCAAGUGAGGCGUACACAGAGAUCAAGCGAUUCAGACGAUGAGAAAAUCGAGCUAAUUACAUCAUACGGAAGUGGAAGUGAUAGCGAAUCUGAUAAAAAGAAGCCCCACGUGAAGAGCAAAGACACAUGUAGUCAUGACAGUCAAUCAGACGAGGACGAUGAAAUCGAUAUACUGGCUAAAAUACAAAAAAGGGCAAAAGAAUUGAAAGCUCUAGGUGGAGAUGUACCUUCAGAAGUUAAAUCUAUUAUAGAACAAUCUCCCUUAAGGGAUAAACCGGCAACAGCUGCAAACAAGGAAAUUGCGGGAUUUUCAUUAGUAGCUGGUUACAGUGACUCGGAAGAGGAAGAUGAGGACUAUGUUAAGCCUGUUGGAACAACGGUUGAUACAAUUUCGCCAUUUAUUAAUCCGCCCAUGAAACCCGCAGAAAUUUCACACAGCACUUUGUUUCCUAUUGCUAAACCGGUCGAUAUUAAUGAUUUUGCCACAUCGGAAGAGAGUAAAAUUUCCAAUGUGCCCGAAAGUGAGCAGCUAGAUUUAUCCACGCGGGCCUUCCAAAGAAAGAGACGUAUCGGUGUGUCGCUGGUAAAUAGCGGCAAGAAAAAAGAGGUCGAGGAGAGCGAAUUUAAAGGUCUCGGUUUUAAGACGGAGAUUAUUACAGUUGAAAACGCUGAGAAAGAUGCAGUGUACUCGAGAUUUCAGAAGGGCGGCGUUAUGUUUGUUAAAUCAGACGUGUUAAACCCUAACCCCGUCAUCAAUGAAGGAAAAAAAGACGCUGAAAGUGCCGAUACUAUUUCAAGUAACAAAGAAACGACUGAAGAGAUUUACACUACCCUUAAAGAGAAACUAAUGUUUUUAAGCGAAAGUAGAGAGGCUGUGUCGCCAGUUCAAACUAUGCUCAUCCAAGCUGAAACAUUAUUCCUAGCAAUGAAAGGUGACGGACUGAAAGUUUCCUAUCUUCACAGAUGGUUGCAUGAAACUUGUUCAGAACUGCUUCAUUUGGAAAAAGAAGCAGCGCCAGAUGGAUGGCUUCUUCAGUGGGAUAGAUCUCAUAAGCGGUAUUAUUACCAAAAUCAAAACACGGGCGAGAGCCAGUGGGAAUACCCCCAGCCGGACAUAACCAGAUGCGAUGACGCGAUGGACAUAUGCACCACGCCGCCCCCGCCGCCGGAACAGGCCCCCGUGCCCGUUACACCACCCCUACCACCGACCAUACGCAGCCCCACUCCUCCCCCACCACCCGUCAUAAGUUUAUCUGACGUUAAUGUUCGCGCGAAUGCUACAGAUGGCCAAAAUAUCACCUUCGACGUGCCUCUACCUCCUAGUCCAAAGAGAAGCGUCCAUUUCGACGGCGAACCACUGCCACCGGGUGUGGAAUUGCCCGAACCCAAUAGCUCGUACAAAAACUUGCCGGUUCAAGAAAAUGCGGAUGAUUUGACUUCCGCCUUGGAUUCAUUUUAUUCAGAAAUUGCGGCGGCGACGACGCCGACCGAAACGCCUCCUGUCGGACCGACUUGCGAUGACGCAACGCCACAGGCGGAACUUAAUUUAGGGGAGCCGGUGAAGAAAAAAAAGAAAAAGGUAAAGUUAGCUCAGGGUCUGGCGAUGAAGAAAAAAGGCGUGUCACAAUUAGUGGAGAAGUGGAAGAAUGUGCAAAAAGAUUUUUGACUUUACUCACAGCGUAUAUAUCUGUAUGGUUUGUGUUGAGUGAGAAAAUGUCCCUGAUAAUGAAGAAAUAGUGUAAAAAUAAAAUUAUUAUUUAUUA